AUGAUAUUUGAUCAUUGUGUUCUGUGGAUACUGCAUUCUUGGAUUUGGUUUUUGGUGCUAGUUGCUGCUGUCGAAUCGGACGAUUGUAAAGUUAGAGAACUUUCUUAUUUACCGAUAAAAGUGGCUCCUAAAGCUUCUGCAUGGUCUCCUACAUUGGAUCUAUACCUUUUUCGUGGUUACGAACGCGUCCCUUCACAUUUAUUUCUGGACGCACAUGUGCAGAUCAAUUUAACUGAUGUCAGAGUGUAUCAGGUUGUUACAGUUAAAGUGGAUUUUAGUCUGUCUAUUACUUGUGAUAUAAUUUUGGAACUAACCUGCAAGCAAGAAAGACUUUGGAAUUAUUCAUCAUUUCGUAUCUACUUCCAGGGCGAAAACUGUUCAGCGGUCUUAGAGCAAUAUAAUGAUGACCAUCGCUUAUUUGGUGUGCUUCGACACUUUUCAUUUGCUCAUUCAAAACAUUUAAAUCCGUUUGAUCGAACUGUUAUUGGGAUUGCUACUAAUGAAGCAUAUGUUGUGAGGCUGAAGAUAUGGGAAAUUAACUAUUUUCGAGCCAUCGCAUUUAUUGGUGCCAUUAUAUUAUAUCUCCUUUCCUAUUUCUUGGUACGGAACGCCUUGUUUUUCUACUCUAGUGGUUGCGCCUUUGGUGUUAUUGCAUCUCUUUUGAUCGUGGGAUUUACUGUUUAUCGUUUUGCUCCUAAAAAGUGGUUGUUUGGAGUACCAUUACUAUUUGGUGGUUGGUCCGUAUCUUUCUACACAGUAUAUUUUUUGUGGAAAAAUUUUACUGCGAUUGUUCUAAAGUAUCAAAAAUUUGUCAUUGCAUAUUUCGCUACAAUUAUAAUUAUUUCUUUUGCUGUUUGUUACCGUUACGGGCCUCCAACAGACGUUCGUUCGCAUAAUCUUGCACAGUGGGCCUUGCAGCUGUUAGCGCUUCUUAUUAUUUACUUCUCGUGUCAGAGGCAGGGCGCUGAGGAAACGAGAAAAGCGAUGGAGAAACUUCGCAAAUUUUGUCGAAGUCCGAAUGCUAAUGCCUGGAGAAUAACUUCAGCUAUUAAAGACCCGAAAAGGUUUGCAAGCUUUAUUGAGGGUUCUAGUGAUCACGUGACUCAAGAAGAGAUUGAUUUAUAUGAAAAUGAGAGCAAGAAUGCCGGACAGUUGUCAGAUGAUAGCGGUGAAGACGAGUUACUUUUCAAUUCACGCAAUCGCGGACUGGAGUUGUCUGGACGUAAUUCAAGUCCUGUGAGGAGUCGGCUGUACUAUUCUGGAGAGUUCGCACACUUUCAUGGUGACAAUGGGCCGGAGCUAGCAGAUUUUGGAGAGGAUGAUGGAGAAAAUAACAUUUUAGAAAAUCCUCACCCUGAUUGGGAAGAGGACGCACGUAAUUCUUCGUUCGGGAGGCUCAGAAGUGGCUAUAUGAGGCAAUUAAGCCAUUCAGAAAGUGGGUAUAAUGGGUUAUUAAUGCCAGCUCCUCGUAUGCCCAGGUCUGAUCCCGAUCAGCUGUGUUCAUUUUAUCAACUGACACCGCAACAGGUCUCCAUCUACAGGUUUCUCCGAGAAAAGGGAAUGGGGCGGGGCAACGACUAUAUUGGAGAGAGCGAACAUUCCAUCAAACAAGGUAUUCCGGAAGAGUAUUUUGACGAGUAUGAGUUUGAUGAGGAUUUGGCAAGGCUUGUUGAAGUUGAUCUGAUUCAAGAAAGCAUACUUGACGGGUAUUGGGGAGUCAAAUAG